AAUUCAACAUGGCGGAUGCUACUCCGUUACUUUCGUCGCUCCUUUCUUUAUAUAUCCUCUGACCGUGUUUCGCAUUUAUUGGGAUGGAGGGAACAAGCAACAAAUCUCACAAGUCAAGACUUUUUACAUCAAACGUUCUUUUGCAAAAAGAUGAACUGGAAGAAGUAGGUUUUACAUUUUUAUAUUCUCUAUUUGAAAUCGAUGGUAGAUAACGGGCCUGCGAGUUUGAUACGGUAUGGUUUGUUCUUGUUUUGCAGUUUAAUCAGUUGUGUUCCACUUAGAGCACAGCCCUUUCAAAACACUGAAGGGUCGUAAAAAAAUAUGGACGGUGGUCUGGAGCUUCUCAUGAGUUUUUCGAGUACUGAAACCAAUACUUAUGCAGUCUUGAAUUUACCCUGCUAGCAGAGUCGCUUCGAUCUUUCCUAGAUAAGUCGGGAAAGAGGAAGCCUUCCUCUUCCCGACUUAUCUAGGAAGAUCGACGGAGACUCUGUUCGCAGGAUAUCUUGAAUUGAACUCCAACUUCUUCUUCCUAGCUAGAUAAGCAACCACCAGUGCUGAGACCUUAUUAUUAUUAUAUAUUUGUAAACAUAUCACGAGAAAAAGGACAAGAGUGCAGGGGGGCAGGGAUAUUUUCCGGGCUACUCUAACUAUGACCCCCAGCUACCUUCAUAGAAAACAAGAGGAAAUAAAAAUAGAAACAAAUAAACUUCGUAGCUGUUUAAUUCUCUGCCUAAAAUUGUAUAUGCCAGAAACUUGAGCUCUAAGAGAUAGCCUUGUCGUACAGAAUUCACAGAUCUGCAUUUUGGUGGAACAUUACAUUGGUAAACAUGGUAAGGCCUGUUACCUUAGGUAUUGAGGUCCUCUAGUCCACCAUAUUGGGCAAUACUACAGUGUAUCUGCAAUAAACCGUCACCUCUUCACAAAUUCAUGCUGUGGUUGCAGUGGCUAAGUAGAUGAAGAUUCAUGAGGGGGGUGAAUAGGGGUAUGCAAAUCCGCCAAUCUGUCAGGGCUGUCAGUAAGGGCAGGUAGCUGGCCAAAACCUCUGCCUAGUUUGCCAUCCUUAGCUGGCUACGUUCAUCUCCUUCUGCCAUAAAUGAGUCAUAAAUGCUAACAAAAAAUAAGUACCAUCUAAUAAAAUUUUAAAGCAUCUGUUUCCCAGUCUUGAAUGACAUUGAACACAUAUUUAAACAGGUAUAGAUCUGUGAAAUAUUCAAACCGCGUGAUGUCAUGGAAUGCCUGGGAAAUUUUGAUGGCAUUGUUCCCAGUCUUGCGUGUAUUCUGACGAAACAACAUGGCAUCCAUGGUGGAAAAUACCUCUUGAAACCCCCUGGAAAUGGACGUCCGAUACUCUAAAUUUCAGAAUGUCUCUAGAUGCCUCGGCCCUUAAAAACUUGUGCCUUUUUUGCGAGUUCCAAAGCCACUACUAUUCAUUAUCAGCAGAGCCUGCUACUUAAAAACUUUUUGACAGCCCUGUCUGUUAUGGUUUAUUGACAAAAUCUGCCCUUUCAUUUUUGCCCUGAAUCCGAAAUCCAGGCAAAAAUAUUUUAAUUACUCGCAAAGUCCAAAAUCCGGGCCCAAAAAAUAGAUGAAUCCAUAAUCCACUGCAAUUGCAGGAUCCCAAAGUCCGUUAAAAUCUCACUUUGAAUCCGAAAUCCGGGCAAAAAUAUUUUCAAAAUCCACUGAUCCGUUCACCAAUUCACCCCCAUGUUCAGGUAUAAGUGACGGUAUUCACAAAGCAUUAGUUGUAAAAGGCCGUGAUUUAAAUGCUGUAUUCACAGUUAAGCAUAUUGCGUUUCUUUUUUCAUUUUUCUUACUUAUAGAGGUUAGAGAAGUGUCAUGGAAUACUCUCCUCUGUGAUUUCAAAUCUUUCAGAAAAUGAAGCUCAUGAUGCUCUUAAUCAAAUGGUUAGUAGAUUAUGAAAUAUUUGUAUCCUUUUUACCAAUGGUGCAACUCCUGAUCUCACCCGGUUGCUUAAUCUAAUCAAAAUUAUAAUCAAAUUCCAAAGUGGAAAAUAAAGCUAUUUAGAUCAUUUCACCAGAGAGCUAGAAGUCAACCUUUUACUCCCAAUUUUGGCUAAUGUAAACAAUUCACAAAAAAAAUCAAUUUUUUAAAAAAAAAUUGAGAUAUAGAAUACUAUUCAAAGUUUUUGCCUAAGAGGUUUAAUUUGAAUGGUAAGACCAUAGGAUUUUGUCCAUGGAUUCCUAUUUAAAGGGGAAAUAAUCUGGACAUUAUCUAAUCUAGGACUGAAAGGGUUGGAAAUGUCUUAUAAUUCACAAAAUAACGUAAUAAUCAUUCAAAUAAUAAUAAUAAUGAUGAUGAUGAUGAUAAUGAUGAUGAUAAUAAGGACUUAGAGAUCAAAAUCUCAAGGACAUGGGGCCUUGAAACGGAAACUGUGCCUGCUAGUGAUUGAAGCACUUGGCCUAGAUAAAAAGGGCCAGGGAAAAUACAUUGAAAAAAUUUGUCAAAAAAAUUCCUGGAAACAUCAAUAUUGAGGACCUCCAAAAGAUCAGCCUGCUGGGCACAGCCCAAAUUUCAAGAUAAGUGCUCUCUACCACCAACUAGAUAACAACGCCCCCAAAGCCGCUACCAAGGAAACUGGUAGCUUGUCAGACUUCUGGCAAUAAGAACUGCGAAACAAGAAAAAGAUAAUAAUGAUAAUGAUAAUAACAAUAAUAAAUCACUUGAAUGGACUCUUUAGGCUUCAAAAAACUAAUACAUGUACACCACAGGAUGUUUGCUUCAUUCCUCCAUCUCCUGUAUCUACUUUGUCAGGUUUGUAAAGGUCCCCAGCAGCAUGAGGAAGCAUCUUUAGGUUUGUUGUAUGUCAUACUAGUGGAUCCACCUGCUGCACCAAAGGUGAUUUAAGAUGCUUUAAAGUAAAGCUGAGUUUAAACUGUUAAAAUUGUGAAAGAUUUUUUGCCAUCAAAAUUAUGGUUUGUAGGGUAUAUGGCACUUCAUCAACCAUGUAGUAGUAUUUGUUCAAACUCUGAACUUGUGUUGUCUUUAGUAGCAGUUUGUAGAUAGUGGUUUUUUUUGCUUGCAUAAUUAUGCUACAGGUCAAUUUGAUUUAAAGUCAAAAAUUUGUAACCUAGGUUGAGACAAAAGGAAUUGAAAUCAACUGGAGUAUGUUAACAAAUUUUGGUCUGAAACCAAAUUAAUUGACUUGUAAUGUACAUUUUGGUAUAUUAUAUGUGUUAUUGCCCAACUCUGGGGUCAUGUUUAGUGGGUAUUGGCUAUGUUAAGGUUCAAUUUUAUCCUUUGUUUAACUUGGAUAUUCCUUUGUUUUGGGGUAUGGUUUGAUGAUGAGUUUCAAACAAAGGAAUAUCAAAUUUAACCCAAGGAUAAAACUGAACCACAACAGCUACAUUCCUUCUUUUGGUCUCUUUUGGUCCAUAAAAACACAAACUGGACAGGUACCAAUAAAAUGUUCAAAAUACACGUAUAACCACAAGGAAUAUAUUAUUAGAAUUUUAUUAUAAUAAUUAUUAUAAUAUUAAUAUUAUUAUAAUAAUAUUAUUAUUGUAUUAUCACCUUCUUUUUCAAGGCUUUCCGAGACCUAACUUAUAUCACCAGAGAUGGACUUAGUUUGAUUAUCACGAGAUUGAUUGGCAUUGUUACUGACAAGCUUAGUAAACUACUGGACACUGUUAGGACACAGGUAGUAUUAUCACAAUGUAAGCUUAUUUAUUUUAAAAAUUUGAAAUUUCUAAGUUCCUUCAUAUGUUCUAAGUAGGAUGUGGGUUUAAUUCAGGUCAAUUUGAUAGAACUGUGGUAAAGUUGCAGUGGCAAGCUAUAGUCUAUGAGCCAAUUUGAAUCCUUGGUCAGCAAAGAAAUCGUCCCUUAGUAGCCUAUUCCAUGGCCCAUGUCUGCCCAAUGUUUGAUCAAGUGAGGCUCCCUUUGAUUAUAACUGAUGAGUCAUAGCAGCCUAGUCCCCAGCCUAGUCCCCAGAUGUUAUUCUUAUAUCUAGUAUUACGGUCAUGAACGCAAUCACGCAAUGAACGCAAUAUUUGAGAGAAGUUCAUUCCACAUUUAUUAGCUGCUUUUCUGGGGAACAAAAUGUUUUCCCAUGAUGUACUUGAAAAAUAGCAUCCUUUUGCCAUUCAUUUCAAGAGAAGCCAUGAGUUACAAGUGAUGUUAUUGUCAUUGACAAAAUGAAGAUCAAUAAAAUGACUUGAAAUAAUUAUUUGUAUUAGUAGGGCAGAAGGGCCUAUCUGCUCUCGCAUUCACCUGUUCAUUAGCCCAACAAAAGGUCCUUGUGGUUUGCAAGUUAUUGUAUUGGCCUAAAACAUUGUUUUACUUACUGUGUGUAGGUGUUGUGGCUCUCUGGUGAACUUGUGAAAAGCUCCAGUCCUGGUGUAGAAGGUCUGUGUCAAGCUCUUCUGAGGCAAAUUUCUGGAGGGGAUAACUCCCCAUCAAAUGUCUGGCUUGCAGAAAAUGUUCUGGGAUUAUUAAACAGCAACAGGUAUAAAAUUCAUUCCUUAGCUUUGGCAUCUGGAUUGAAUGAAUGUAAAAGAUUUGUAUAACAUGUGUACCUGUUUGUUGUUUGUCGUUGAAGUUUAAUAAUCAUUAUUAUUUAUUACAGGAGUAAAGUAACCAACACAGACUCCAAAAAAAAAUUGUAUUAGCAACCCGGGUGUUUAAAUUAUUGAUUUGGCAAUUGGAAGUGGUCUCAUUAAAACGAGGGGCUGUCUGAGUUCAAAUGGCAGUCUAUCUUGUCUUCAUUUUCACAUUAAUAUGUGUCAGAAUUAUUCCAAGCCACUGCCUGCUUUGGCUAGUUCUAAUGUCUAUCAUGUAAGUUAGUAUUGAUACCUUGCAGUGAGUAGUUUUGGUGGCUACGUUAUACUGCUGCUGUUGGUUUAGGGACACUGGAGUAAAGCCAAAGAAAAAUAAUACUUUUGCUCAUGAUUAGAGAUGCAGGUAAUAAAUAAUCAAAAGGAGCCACUGAAAAUCAUUCUAAACAAUGUGCUUGUAAGCAUGAUAAAAUUGGUUUUGGUUGAUUAUAUUAAUAUAAUAUUUUUAAUAGUAAUGUUGUGAGAGAGUUCUGAUUCAAUCAUAAAUUUAACGAUUAAAUGCAAAACAAAUGCAAGGAAGGAGUUACUGGUCAGUAAGUUUCAACAUUGAAUUGAAAACUGGGAGGGUUUGGAAACAAGAUAUUUAUUUUUUUUAUUUCUUCAAGAACAUGGUUGGAGAAAAAUCCAAUUCUGCUGGCAACUGCUGUUUACACUUACCUCAGACUACUGGAGGAUCAUGAAGCAGCACCUUUCAAAAAUUUACGGCAGAUGGAAAUAGAAUUCUGUUCAUCUCUUCUGAGAGAAAAGGUACCGUGAUAUAUUCUGUAGUAGUUUCUUUAGAGGGCAACUGCCAGCCUAAUAUAGACUUUCUUUAAAAGUUUUUAACACCCUGGUUGAUUUAGGAAAUACACAGAGGUAGAGAUCUUGUUCAUAAAGUAACAAAACAUGCUGUUACUAGCCAAUAGUGAACAAAUAAGUAUGAUUAUGACACGUGAAUAGAUAUUGGUAUUUCAAACAAGGGAUGUGAUUUCUGAAGUGACCUAUGUGGCUGGAUCUGAUUGUAGCUAAGCGCAAGUCAAAAAGAGUGACCACACUUCAAAAAGUAUAUUCUGUUUUUAUUGCUUAUUUUGUUUGUUUGUUUGUUUAUUUGUUUAUUUGAUAUGUUUUUUAUUUACAGACAACAUAGUGCUGUCACUGUACUAUUUAAUACUGUUGUUGAGAGGGGAUGACCUCAGGAAAAUGGACAUUAAAUUGAUAUUUAUUUUUAUAUCUUAGUUUACGGACUGCAUUCCUAUUGGGAGAGAUCUCGUGCGACUGUUACAAAAUGUUUCAAGGUUUGCUAUUCAUUUUUUAUUGUACGUUUAAGAUGACUGUCUUAAUAAUGCACCAUAUGAUUGUGACAAAUUGCUUCCAUCAGUUUCUGGAGCAGGAUUUGUUCAAGUAAGGAAGGAUCCUUGACUGUACCAUUAUACCUCCAAAUAAAACAAUCAAAAUACCCAAAUUUUCUGAUGGAAAUCACAAGUUGUAUUAAUGAGCGUUACUAUAAAUUAUAGCUCACUUUAAAAUCCUCUAAGACUAUCUACCAUAUCCCCCAAAAAACCUUAAGCUGUAAUGGUUGAGUCAGCAAAGGUCAAGAUGUCAGAGUAGUAGUACAUUACAGAAAAUACCGUAAUAUUCCUUAAAUUGCGGUUUGGGUGGUGCUUUGUGUACAACCUUAGUAUGCAUUAUGUUUUCUGCAUGAUUUGCUUAUGCAAUGCAUUAGUUUGUCGAAAUUUUGCUUACUCAGCAUAUUUGCAGGCAAGUAUAGUUGUGCUAAUGUUCAACGUUGGCUUAAGCAUAGUUUAGUACCUUGAAUUUGAUUUACAAUGAGGGAAGUGAGUUGAAAAAACUCUUUUAUCAGAAAUAAAGCUACAGGUUCUAGUUGGUGCGAAGUCCAAUUUAUUUUUAUGUGCUUUUGUAACUUAAAAGGCAGAAUAAUCUCACAUUAUAGGUUACUCUAUAUGGUACUUUGGAAAUGGGCAAUUGCACAUGCAAUUUAUGCAAAGAAGGAAUUCAAAACUAACUCAGAAGUAAGGGUGACGUGAAAUUCUAUGCAAACAGCAAUUUGAGGCUAUUACGAGAUUUUUCCAUGAAAGUGGCGUAUACUGUUUGAAUUGGCUGAACAUGUAAUUUCUUGAUUUCAUUAUUAUUCUCAUAAUUGUAAAAAAUUGUCAGUGAAUGAGCCUAAAUAAGUACUUGUCAUUAAAUUAAAUUGAUGUUGUUGCCAGGGAUGAUGAAGGUAUGUGUUAUAUUAGAACUAAACAGCCAUGUCUGAUCAGUGAUGAAGGACAGUUUAGUAGAUGUAGUCACAGCUUGUCAUCUACCUUGAUUACAGUAAGCUGAGUGAUAUUGUUAUUGAUCAUCACAGGAAGGUCAAUUACCUUAUUGCCAUCUUGAAUCAACUGCUUUUUACAUGUUUGACUCACUAGAAUACCAGAAUUCACUGCAUUGUGGAAGGACAUUCUACAUAAACCUCAGUCACUUUGUCCACAGUUUACAGGUUUGUAAAGUGUUGCACUGCUAUGAUUGCUGAAUAUGAAAUUAACAUUUUCUCGAAUGCACCCACUGUUGGCUAGUCACUACUACUAACCCACAAGUUGUAAAAACUUUUUGAUCAGCAGGACUGAUUACAGUUCUUCUGUAAUUUGAACCCCCCAAAAAAACUUCACUUGCCCAUCAUCAAGUUAUGAAGAGAGUUCACUUACCAAUUGCAAAAUCCAGUAGCCUGGGUUUAUCAGAUUCAACUUUCAUCGGAUGCUGUUACCUCUGGCUCAAAUUGCUCUGGAAAUUGCAGGCAAGACCGCUGGCAUGACUAAUAAAAAAGCCUACUUACAUGUACCUUUCCCUUUGCUACAUCCCUAGCUGGGCUGUGAUGUUUAAUGUGUUUUAAUACCAGGAAAAUACCAUGAGCUAUUAACCCUGUAAGUCCCAAUAAUGACCAACAUCAAUUUUUUCCUGACAAUAUCCAUACAAUGUCAAGAGAUUAGGUUGUGAGAAAUAAUAAAAUGAUCACCUACAGUAAGAGAAAAUGCUUUGAUCUUUUAGCAAAUUCUCUCAACUCAUUCUUACUGUGUACAUAGAGAUCAAUAGGAGAAUUUGUACAUGAAUAUUGGGAAUAUUGAACUUAUAAUAGAACAUGAACUAUUAAUAGUCCUGUUACAGAAUUAUUUUAUGAUUUCAGGUAUCUCACAACUGCUUUAUACUAGAACAUCAAGGAGGUUUUUAGCAUGCAGACUACAUCCUGAGAUGGAGAACAAGAUUUUGUUUUUAACAUCCAAAGUAUGAUAAAAAUUCAUGAUACUCUAAUCACACUGAAAUUAUUACAAAAUAUUUUGUAACUAAUCUAAAUGAUCACAAAACACAGAAUAGGAGCGGGCAUCUUGUUUAUUGAUGCACAAUAUGAGGUGAGUGUAGAGUGUUACAAAAAAACAACGUUACAGUUUUAUAAACUCAGGAAAAAUUAAAACAGUAAAUAAAAUAAAAAAUUAGGGUUGACGGAGAUGCCUCGAAUGGCCCUUGCAGAGCUUAACAAACCUUAAAUAAUCUACUAGCCCCUUGAGACACCUUACAAGCAUGCCUUAAAUACUUUUGCAGGUAUUAUGUAACAUAGUAAACAUACUCUUGUGAAACUAACAAAACAUUACAAAAUAUAUUAAUAAAGUUAUUAUGACUAAUAAUCAUCAUUAAAUGACCAGAGGAGAUAAAAUAUUUCUUGGUUUGAAAAAAUUAAAGUACAAACCAGUUUAAUGUUUGGUUUUCUUCGUCUGUUGUUGUGUUUUUAAUUCCAACACAAAGGAAACUAAAAAUUAAACUUGUUUGGAUCACUAAAACAAGCCAAAGGACAUCUGCAUUGCUUUUCUCACAAUUCCUCACCUUUUUUCCUUUGUAUAGAAAAUGUGAACUGUCUAACAUGUUAGGUGGAUGCACAGUGCAGUAUAUCUGUUCUGAACUAAGUGUGAAAUAUUCAUGUAACAUAGAUACAUGUAUAUUAAAAACAUUUGAAUGUGGCAAUAAAUCGCAGUGGAAAGGAAAACGUUCGGCCCUCAAGUCACAAAGGAUGAAGGAGUGAAGUUGACCAAAAAGAAGAGUGCAGAAAAUGAGGAAGUAUCAACACAGAGUUGAAACAAUUAUGGAUUACCAAAAGAGCACAAUCAACUGCCUUAGUUCAGAUCGGUAUCUGUUUGAUUGUAGAUAAUUAUUGUUGGGCAUGGUGGUGAGAUAAUUUGAUAAUUUAUUAUUCAUUGUUGCAGGUACGAUUUGGCCAGCAAAAAAGGUACCAAGAUUGGUUUCAAAAGCAGGUUAGUUUGAGAUGCCUAUGUCUCAAUAUUCCUUUUUUCAUUUUAAGUGCCAUCUGUUAGCUCAGUUUUUUUUCCAAAUAACCAGUAAAUCUUUGAUUAAAAACGUUUUAAGAAGUUUAAAAAAAUGUUGAAAAACAUGAUGAUGUUUAUAGACAUUCUCGGACAUCAUUAUCAAGUCAAAAGAAAAUAGCGUAUGCUCCUUCUAUAAAUAACAAGAAAAAUCAAAAGAUCAUUUCAAAGAAGAUGAACAUAAUAAGAUAUGUCACAAGUUAAAUGACAAGUUUCUCACUAAUGGAAUUAGCUCUGAGUAUUUAAGACUGGACCUGAGUUCUUUGAUGCAUAACAUCUCACAAAGAAGGCAAUCAAAUUUCCCAUGGCACUUCUUUAGAAUGCAAAAUUUACCCUUAAAAAUAUUCUUUUUUAAACAGUAAAAAUUAAUGUGUCAUUCUAACUUACAUGGUUGGUGAGCAAAUUAAUAUCCCUAAAUCUCUACUUAGAGGCAUCGUCUUUUUUUAUUUCAGUAUCUCUCAUCUCCUGAAAGUCAAACCUUGCGUGCUGAUCUGAUUCGAUACAUUGUUGGUGUGGUUCAUCCAUCUAAUGAGGUGCUAUGUUCUGAUAUAAUACCAAGGUGGGCCAUUAUUGGCUGGCUCUUAACAUCCUGCCAAGUAAGUGAUAAUAAAUUACUUUGUAGUAAAUGGGUUUUAAUAAAAUUAUUGUUGGGAUGGGAAUUUCAGCGGAUUGUGCAUAAACUAUACAUCUUCUCACACCAGUAUUUUUAAUACCCUCCCUCUGUAUGGUUCCUAUUUCAGACUGUGGUUUCCACUGCAAAUGCUAAACUUGCCUUAUUCUAUGACUGGCUUUUUUACCAGCCUGACAAAGACAACAUCAUGAAUAUUGGUGAGAGGUUUUAGAACUAUUAUAACUAUUUUUGCUACUCUUCAUUGGCAUCAGCAUUGGCUACCUGUGGAAUCAUAUUUGCUUGGAACAACAGAAUCUAAUCUGUAUUAUUCUAUUUUCUAAUGUAUUUUAUGUAUUUUUUUGUUGUUGUUUAGAGCCAGCUAUCUUGUUGAUGCACCAUUCAAUCCGGAGUCAUCCCACAAUCACCAGUACUUUGUUGGACUUCCUUUGUCGCGUAACAACAUUUUUCUUUGAUCUAUCUCCCCACCCCCCCAACUCACAAUUGUAUGACCGAGGUUGUGACUUGUUUCUGGCACAAUACAAUAAUUUCCAGACAUAUUCGGGACCAUAGGCAGUAAGUGGUUCGCUGGAAUCAUUGUACAUUUUGCCUUUGAAAUAUUUUCCCUUGAGUCAAACAAACAAAUGCUAUAAGAGAAAUUUUAGUUUAUGGCAAAAUACCCAAAUGGAUAUUGUUAGACAUCGUUUGCAUCUGGAACCUCAUAUUUCAAAAUGAAAUUGACGUUGUGAUAUUGUCAAAAUGUGAGAGGAAUAAUUUCACGCUGUUUCUGUGGAAUAAGAACAGUCAUAAUUUGCAAAUUUAUGUAGAUCAAGGAACUUAAAACGUCCGUGCGCAAAUGUGUCUCAAUGUUGCCGUUAUUUUUACUGUUUCAAGAUCAUACCCAAUUACAGUACUUUACCAGAUAUCCAAGCAAGGCAAGGAGUUAUCAAGGCGUUUAGGCACAUUCUCAGUAAAAAGGUUGUAAUGUAAGUAAUGUUCAACAGUUUUUAAUAGCAAACAAACAAAUCUUUUUAAUUUGUUACCGAUUCACUUAUAUAUACAUGUACUUUUCUCUUUUUGACAACUGAAGGUCACUCUCUCCAUUACUGGACAAUCCCAAAAUGGAAAGAGACUUAAGAAUUGUAGUCAGGACCACUCUAGCUGAGUUCUGUGAUUCAGGUACAGUAAAAAUACUGUGUACAUAUUCUAGGCAUGUUUUGUCUCUGAAUUGUAACUGGUCAAAUUCUUUUUUGAUAUUACUACAAAAAUUAUAAACCAAUUUAGUUUAUCAACUGUGUUGUUCAAGUGAAUUUUCCACAGCAAAUUGAUAUAUGUUACUGAAUUUAUCAAGGCCAUUUCUUUGUCUAAGCGAUUCGCUCUGACAAAGUGCUGCCUCUGGAAGCGUCGACAAUUUUCUCUGUCGAGGGACCAGGGCUUGAAACGUAAGCUUCAGCAUCUUUACGGUGACAAAUUUACUCCAAGCAGUUCUCUUUAACUAGUUGAAAUUUGAUCUCGUUAUUUUAACUCUUUCAAAGAUAAUACGACACUUUUAGGUCGAAGUAUUUUUAGUAAAGGUUAUUUCAGUUCUUAUAUGAAGAAAGCCUAUACUUUCCAGUUUAUAUUUAGGGUUACAGUUGUUUAAUUUGAUUGAUUCCCAUAACAUUGUGGUUGUUUGGCCCAACUCCGACGUGCAUGCUGGAUUAAACUGAAGUGGUCUCUUCUUUAAAGGAGAGGAGUUUCUGUUUGAAAGACUUAAUUGUACUGGUAAAUUUUCCAGGUUCAAAACUAGAAGAGUCUUCCACAUCAGCUUUUAGCAAAGUUGAAAGUUCUUCUGCUUCAAAUGACAUGCUUGGUUCACUGGGCUCCAGAAUGAUUGGGGCAGCAGACAGCAAUGGCAGUAACAGCAGCAGCACAAAGGAUUCUGAGCUAGUGGACAGUGGGGUGGAUGAUGAACUUGAACAACCCGAUGAAGAAGCUGUCUUCUCUGACCCUGAAGAGGAUGAUGAUGGCGACGUAGCGCCUGGUAAGCCCAACGGCGCCGGAGGAAAAGAGAAAGAUUAUGAAUUCAAACCGAUUGAAAAGGAAGGCGUGGAUGAAAACGAAGAACGUGACAGUAGUGAAGAUAUCACUGAACUAGAAGAACUUGAAAAUUUAGGCGAUGAGUUGAAAGAGCUGCUUAUUAAAUUCUCUCAAGAAAGGUAUGCCAGUUAUUAAAAUACGGCAAGUAUCAGUUUCUUUCAGUUUUCUUCACGCUUACAGCGUUCGUUUUUUGUUUUUUUCAGUGAUGUUGGAGUGAGGUGUAGUCUAAUGGAAAAUAUUCUUAAGAGUAUCACAUCCCUGGUGAGUCAUUUCCUCAUCAGAUGUUUUAGUGUAAAACCUAAUUUUUAAUGCCCUGUUUGUAAAAAUCUUUCAUAGUCAUAUAUAAAUCUUUGCUUUUCUAAAUUAUACUUUCAACCUAUCUCGUCGGACUAGCUAAGUGAUUGUCUUUUAUAUGUGGCUUAAAGUGAUCAAUCGUCAUUUUGCUCUUUUUAACCUCAUAUAUGGUCAGGUAAUAAAUAUGAGUCCUUUUUCUCAACCGUCACAGUUUUGACUAUCGUUCACCGGUUCAGGAAACCUUCUUCGGCUAUCAGUAUCAUAUUAUUUGUUUCUGUUCAAUUACCCUCAAUUUAUAUGGGUUUCCAUUAAUCCUGAUGCCAGUUUAAACUUUUCAGGAUGAAUUUGAAGAUGACACAGCGAAAUCUCUUGCUGUUUGUCUUAACUUUUGCAUGGUGGAUGAUUUAAUGGCUCCUUGUAUCAUGAAAGACAGGUAAAUAUCAACAGAAUCAAUCAGAAGAUAACCAGCGCUGACUCUAACUGUCUGUUAAUGCCUAUUCUUCCUUAUAGAGCGGUUUUACAGUACAAUGUGAUGACAUGCGAUUGGUUUAAUGGACUCUGUCUCUUAUAACGGGCUAAACAAAUGUUAAGAUUUUGACUACGUUUUUCAAAGGUGUGAACUUUUCUCGCGCGUGUUGUUGUUUUUUUGCUUCUGUCGGUCAUAGUUGCGAUAAAACGAAAUAGGGCGAACUGAAUUGAAAUUGAUUCCUAUCCCCAGACGCUACUUUUCGAACCCGCUAAAGUACACCAAUGUUUCCUGAGCAGUCCGUUAGAGUGAUUGAACAAAGCGAAAAACGUUAAUGCAGAAAACGCUCUUAAUAUAAAACUCAGUAAUACCUUUAUAACGAUCUACAAGACUAACCACAAUAUUUCGCAAAUUGAAAGAAAAUAAGUGUUACUAAGACCUUAGUUAGUAAACCAAAGAAAGUCGGAAAUUUGUCAAAGCUGUUCAAGUUGUUGUUGUGCAUAUACUGUCUAAAUGAGGAAAAUGGAGUCCCAAAAUAGACAAUCUGUGUUUAGUUUGUUUGUUUUCUUUACUUUUCUGUAAGCAGGCCUUCUCCAAGAAAGACAAUUCAAAAGAAAAACAAUAGGGUAAAACAUUUCUGCAUCAAUCCAUGAACAUCUCAUGUAUGCUCCUCUCAUGUGUGACUUGUCUCCCCCCUCUAAUGUUUUCUUACAUUAUAACGGAUAUCUUUUUUGCUUCCAUUAGAAAUGUGGAGGACUGUUUGGACGGGCCUCUUUAUGUUCUCUGCCAGUGAGUAGUAUCUUUUUGUCUCACUUUUUAGCCUGAUUGGCUGACUCGCUUACUGGCUGACUAACAGUAAUUCUCACUAGUUGGCUGAGUGGCUUUACUACUGACUACAUUAUUGGCCAGAUAAUUAUCUGACUUUUUAGCUUAACUCAAAAGUGAAAGUUUUCAGCAACAAUCUGUAUAAAACAAACGUCUAUCCAGCAGAAUAGCCUGUGCCAGGCUCUCAGAUAGUAUAGUGGGAACGUAUUAAAACUAGUAAAGCGAAAAUAAGACGCGCACGACUCGGGAAAGGGGGUGGUGGCCCCCGCGCGUUUUUCGCAUUUCUUAUUACUGAACGACUUUCCACCACCAUCUCGGAGCCUGGAACAGGCUAGAAUACGAAAUGUCAUAUGACCGAUGGCAACGGGCUUUCGUUUGUUUAGAAUUAAAUCAUAUAUAAAAAAAAUUAGUAUAGUAUAGAGUCAAUAGCGUGAAAUUGUUUUGAUGAAUCAAAAUAGUUGGAAUCGUGCUUAUGUCUUUGAAUCUUGUUGCAGGAAUAUCUGCAUACUCCCCACACAUGACGUUGGUAGAGAACGUUAUCUGACAUUAUUAGGCGCUCUACACAGUGUGGAUAACAAGAUUGGAUAUCGAUUUCUUUUCUUUCUGAAAGCAAGGUUAGAUGUGAUAAGCCAAUAUAGCAGUACAACAACACCGCAUGAGAGGAAUUGAGACGUGCAUCAAUACAUAUAACAAUAUAUCAACACAUAUAAUCAAUACUUUUCGUGGAUGCUAAAUUAUUUUAGUAUAUACACACUCAGUGAUCUUGGUGAUUUAAGCAAUCUGAUUGGUUCGCUAUCUCGGACUAUUCAACAUUAAAAUCUUAAAAGCGUCCAGGAACAGUCUUGGCAAAUAUGUCGUUACGUCCAUGUUCAUAUUAUCCUUCAUUCAACUCAUAUCAGGGAGCUUAAGUAACAGCCACGGCGACGGCAACGAGAACGUCAAAAAAUCAAUGAAUGAAUGAAUGAACGAGUUAACUUUUUUUAUACACGGUAGUUAUUUCAAUAUAUAAAAGUUGGUUCUCAAAUUAGCCGUGUGAGCAAUUCAAACUAACUACAUGACAAUGAUUAAAACUAUCGUUACAAAUACUAAAAGUAGACGGAAUAUUAAGUAUUUAUUUAAAAAUAAUGAUAAUAAAACACCUAAUGCAAUUAAUUAUCAUGGUGGUCUCUCAAGUACGGCUUGAACCUAUUUAAUGUCGCUAAGUUUCUGACAUGAUUCGGAAAUUCAUUCCAUGCAAUUGCCCCACGGAAAGCAAAAGUUUUAUUCUAACGAGUUCGUUUGAGUUUUGGGCAACUGCAAGUCGAACUUACUGUCUCUGAGGUUGUAAUUGUGUCAGUCGAAAAAGCUCAUUUAAGUAUUCCCUGGUAUUCAGGUACAGCCGCAUUAUAAGCUUUAUACGUCAUGAUAUUCAUUUGUAUUCACCACUUAUCAGGCGGCGUUGGCUAACAGCUCUUUUAGAAUAUCACACGAUCUUACUUAACAGUCCACUUUUGUAAUAAUGCGUUCUGAUCUAUUUUGGAGUUUCUGCAAUUGAUCUGCACGCAUUUGUGAGCAAUUACCCUACACAAGGCUGCAAUAGUGAUCGAUAAACAGUGAUUAAUGUUCUUGAGUCCUUAAAACGAGAGACCUCAUUGUAUACAGCAUUCGCAGGCCAUUUUGAACUUCAGUUAUGUUGUGGGAUAUCUGAUUUUCCCAAGACAUCGUCUCAUCAGUGUAAACUCCCAGCAAUUUCGUGCUAGCUUUCUUCUCUACAGUUUUAUCAUAUAUGCAAAAUGUUAUGUCUUUAACUUCAAUGUUGUUUUGUCUAUAUCCAACUGUCAUAUAACAUGUUUUACAAGUGUUGCAGCUAAGCCUAUUGGUUUCUAGCCAUUUCUCAAUUGCUUCUAAGUCGCUCUUUAGUUUAGGUUCAAUUUUGCUGCUACUAGAACCAGAUAUUACUAUAAUCAUAGGUAUCAUCUGCAAACAUACCCGGGGUAGAAUGCUGCAGGCAAUUGGGAGAGUUCGUUGACGUAAAUUAAGAACAGUAAAGGACCUAAUGUUGAUCGUUGAGGAACACCAUAAGUUAUAUAUUCCUCAUCAGAUAAGACACCAUUAACAUAGCACUGUUGGCGUCUGUCUUUUAGGUAUGACUCAAACCAGUCAUCGAAGGCCUUUUUAAGAUCAAUAAAGACGUUACCGGUUAAUAGGCCUUCAUCCAUGUUUCCAAGCCAUAAAUCUGUCGCAAAUAUAAGUGCAGUACAAGUUGAGUGCAUACCUCGAAAUCCAGACUGAAAUUUUAAGACCAAGUUGUUUUCAGUGAAAAUUUCAAGGGCUUGCGUAUGCACUAUUCUCUCGAAUACUUUAGAGAUUGCCGGCAAUAUUGAUAUUGGUCUAUAGUUGUUAGCUACGUUUCUUUCACAGGAGAAACAUUGGCCUUUUUCCAGUCGUCAGGAAAUGUGUCAAAGCUUUGGUUAAAAAUAUCACAUAUCACAUCUGAAAAGUACGCUUGGGCUGGCAAGCUUGGAAGAAGCUUGCUUGAGAUUUUUUCUAGCCAAUUUUGUCUAAUGAACAGGUGAAAAUUAGCAAAACAAUAACCUACGCUUUUUUGCACAUUUAUUUACCUCACCGCACGACUACGACGAGGAAGUGCCUAAUUUCACGUUAUGUGUAGGACGUGAACGCAAGGCAACGACUUUCUUUUCCUUUUCCUGAACUUUCAUAGAGUCUUUUAGAGUGGAACUUCAGAAAAAUUUACCAACAUUUAAAGAAUUGAGCUAGAUGGAAUAAGCGCGAUUUCACCUUUGACGUUUUGGUAUCCGUCGCCGUCGUUGUUGCUUAAGCUCCGUAUUCUUUUAUCCGAGAUGGAUAUAAACGAUACGAAAAAGAAGCAAACCCUUUUAGGUGUGACAAGAGGAGAGCUGCAAAUAACAAUCGGUCAUUGGGCAAAAAUCUGCCCAUGUCCCACGAAAUCCUACAUACCUGAGGUCUGACAUGGCGACCAGACAGAUCCAUCAAAUACCAGACUAUCACUUUCUAGCUGAUGAUUUGCAACGGAAUGGAAGAAAUAAAAAGUUAACAUGAUGUAUUUCUAACAUCUUUUCUUGUUUGUCCGACUAAAAUGAAAUGAAGAAUUACAACCUGUCUGAAAGGUGUCUUACAUGGCACAUGUCCUUUAUCUAUAUGUAGGCGGGUUUGCAGAGUUAACAUGUGAUUUAAAUGCUUCCUUUGGAUUGUUACUGUGUUGAAAAUGCUGCUUAGGUUUUCAGGAGCACUCGAUGCCAUUGCUUGGACAGUGCUCCGCUUGUGCGUGAUAGCACUAUUCCUUAAGUAUGCUUAUCCCGUUAUUUUCUUUUUCCUUAUGGCCUUGGUAGUGUUCUGGACGAUGAACGACUUACAAUGUACGAAGAUUUUGCCAGCACAUUCCGAGGAGAGAAGACAAUUCAGGCUUGUUUAUGCGAAGACCUUAAGGUCAGCGGUUAUUUCUUGUUACUUCUGUCUCAGUCAAACUCUUGUACUUGUUUUGCAUCUCAAAAUUUUUUCCUCACGUUCUUGCUCUUUAGAUGUGAAAAACUUGUCUUUGUAGGUUUGUCAAGAUUAUGAUAUCAAGGCUUUUCGCUACAUCAUUUCAUCUAUUUACAAAAAGGUACGCGCACUUAAACGAAUUAAUCAUGUGUAGGAUUGUUUUUUGUUUGGUGACAGACCAAACACAUACUUCACUCGACCAAAGCAACAAUGUUAAGCCGAGAAGGAAUCACUUGAAAGAUUACGUUAAAAAGUGUGGUUUUCCGCUGGCUGAGGAGCGAACGAAGUAGGAAACAUUUUUCUCACACACUGCUAAGCUGGGAGUAUGAAUUCGAAUAAGCUGGGUGUCUUCAGUUCACAUGGUGUUUCAAAAUUCAGUUUGUUUUGUCGCGAUCCGUUAUUGCCUGACCUGCACGACCCACCCACCCCUCAUGUGUUUUUGUGUGCCACGCCCAACCACAUUUCACGUAGUGCCGCAGUUCUGGUUGUUCAUGUAUCUAGUAGCAGUUUCUUUUCAGCCGUUUUUAGUUCUUCUGUGCUGUAAUACUGCUGAUUUGUGGUGUUGUUAUUAAAGGUCAGGCUGCUUGGUUGGUUUUGCAUUGCUCCCAGUUGUGUGCGAGAAAGCCGAAAUGUUUCUACUUCUUAUGAGUUUGGAACUAAGCAAUUCAUAACAUAAAUAACUGUAAACAGUCUAUCACCUAGUAUGACAUCAUAUGGCGAAUCUCCCGUUAAUGACAUGUAAUAUUUGUGGAGAGCUUCAGAGUUACAACUGUAACGCAAUUCGCAAUAUCGUGGGUACAAAAUGUCAGUUAAAUGUUAUUUAAACAACAAGAUAUUCAUCUUUAAGUUUGUCCCUCCGGGAUUAAGGCUUUCUACAUCUUCUUGUUUAAUCAGUUCUCUCAUGUUUAGUUUCCAGAGCAUGUUGUUGGUAACUCCGAGGUUCUUCACAUGCUGGUUGGAAUCAUGGAACCACGGCAGGUAACUACCAACAAACGAUCACGUUUCUUACUUCGUUAAAAUGAAUUCCAGUCUGACUUUUGAUUAAAAUCGACAAGUACAUUGGAACCUCUUUUAGCGCCCCUCCCCCCUGGGGAGGGGGGGGGGGGGUUAAAGUGGAUGCUCAAUAGAGGUUCCAUUUACAGUGAUGACGGACAGUUUUGUCCGCUUGAAUCCGGGUAACUGGCCGCUAAAUAGAGUGUGACCGGUUAAUAGGACAUUGCUCAAUAGAUGUUCGACUGUACUCAGCAAAGAGAAUCAUAUAAACCUUGUGCUUGUAAUUUUUUGGUAACUUUGGUAACUGUGUGAUGCUUGUGAAUAAAACUACUGAUUGCCUCAUACUAAUUGCUGUACUCUCCUAAUUGUGUUUUUGUUUCUUGUUUCUUUGUUUUUUUUUGUUUUGUUUUGUUAGUUAAACCAGCUCAUGAGUGAGAUAACAUUAGGAGAGUUGACGAUAUUUGGAGAAGAUAGUAAACUUGACUCGUUGUUAGGUAAUCAGCCUACUUUUUCACUUGCUAACAAACAGUACUGACCGGUGUCUAUAGGAAUCCGUUUAACCUUUAUCACUUAUCGCUUUAGUCGAGGAAGACACUAUAUUCGUAAUCUCACGAGCGUGGGACGAAGCCGAAAAGUUUCCGAGUCUUCAGCCGGAUUCGAACCUAGAACUUACCACAAUACUAAGCGGCGAUCUCUUCCUUGAGCUGCGCGGAACUUAAGGCGUGUUCGAUUGAUCCUAUUUCGGGGUAAGAAUUAAUCGAAUAAAAUCUAGAAAUCACUUGUUUUUGGCUUUUAUUGUAUUUCAAUAUUUACAGAACUGCUUGAAAUAACAUAUUCCUCUAUACAUAAAGUUUAAAUGGUCCAAAAAUCACGGUAGAAGAGAUUUCUAGCAAAAAUUUUGGCGUGUUCUAAUUCCGGAGUACGAUCAAUCGACCGCACCCUGCUGGCCAGGCCGUUUGCUUUUAAGUUUUUUUGCAAAUAGCCGUCACUGCUAAGAUAGCAUAUUUUUAGGGUGGUAGUUAGCUUGUCACGGAUAACUGAUGAGUAAGUUGUCGCGGCGGAAAGAUAAUAGAGUUUAUGGUGAUCUAUUACUGAAUACAUGUAAUUUUUUUCUAGAAAGCACUCUUGAAUGGGAAUCAUUUGAACAGCAGUGUGUUUGGCACUUGAUCCAAGCUGAGGAUGUGUUACUGGAGUCUUUUGUUAACAUUCUUCCUUCUCUCAAGCAAGAUCAACAUGCAGAGGCCUUGUCAAACUUACUUAUUCUCAUGAAAAGUGUUUCGUAAGUCUUUUUUUUUUUCCAUUGUUUUCAUGUUUACGGGUGUUGCGCAUUGAUCCGUCGAUGGUCAUGGCGAUAUUUUGCCAUAAUGUGCAAACUCUUUUGGCGGAAGAGGUGCUGAAAUUUUAAAUGAGAUUUCUCCUUUUGAACGCAGACGUGUACGUGUGGAAAUUAUAAUAAGUGGUUAAAAUGCUUUGUUUAUAGUAUAAGUGCAUUUAGCUGUUCUAGCUGACCUGAUCCAACGAACAAUACAUAUAAACUGUCAGGAGUCUGCAACCAGUUGGCGAUUUUCACGCGUGAACUUGAACUUGGGGCGACUGAAAAACAAAUUCAGCUAGUGGUCGUUAGCAGAGCGGGUCCUGAACUCGGACCCGCCAGAUUACUACUCCGACGCGCUGAAAAGUCUGUCACGCUGCCUGUUGUAGAUAUGUUUAGUCUUGUUAAGUUCCGUGCCAACACAUUGCCAUGUUAAAUCAUUGAACUUUUUACGGUAUUCAUUUCGCGUUCUCAUUUUAAGCGCGUUUGUUGUAGUCCUUCAACAGAUCUAGUGAUUCCAGUCCUUUCCAUGGAGUGCUCUGACAAGAGGCCUGGAAAUCAGUUCAGUGUCUCGUUGCUUAGGUACUGGGCACAGGAAUACUCAAGGGAACUGGCGCAGCUUAUUGGUCAGCAGCUGUGCAAACAAGCUUCUGCCGGCAAGAAGAGAAAGUAAUUCUGUUUUCAUAAUGGUUGUCAUAAGUAUGUUGAAUACCAUGGUGAACGUAGAACUGAUUUAAGGACUGUUGGUUACAGUGCUAGUCUUGAUUUCUGGAUCUUUGAGCUCAUCGAUAAAGACGCGAUAAUAAUGGUCAUUUGUCAGUUAAGCCUGUUGGAGUUUUGCGAAGUCAUUAUAAUAAGUCCAUCUAUUGCAGUAGACAUUUCGUAGCCCCCUAUUUUCUUGUAUUUUUGUUCGACAAGCUCGUUAAACUGGACGUGUGUGCUACUCGGGAAUGCAAGUGGGUGGCGUUUGAGAGGGGUGAAAUUUUGUCAUAAAUCCAAUCUCUUCCUCCACACCCUUAUGAUUCGCUCAAUCGUCAUUUAUCGUGUUGCUACCAGAUUGGUUUGCGCUGAGAGAAUGGCAUGAAAGGCUGUGAACAGUCUAAUACACUGUAUUGCAGUUUCGAUACAUGCAUAACUCAAUGUGGGUUUUUUAAGGCUUUGUUUUUUCCGAUUUGAUCUGUGUACUGUACGUUUUCUUGUAGGAAUGCAAAGAGCCAGCCAGGUACCAACUUAGAGCUAGUUCUACAUCAUUUAGACUGGCUGCACAAGAUCUGCCAGGAACAAGAAGACAUGAGUUGUAAGUAUUAUUACAUCGUUGCAUACGGCACUUCUGUCAUGUAUUAACCUAUAACAGAUGACUCAGCUGACCAGCAGUCUCUCAGUAGCUACUUCGCGUCUUUGAAUGGCUUCUAUGUAACGCAAUCGACUCGAUUUCUGUUAUGGGUGUUGCUAGAACAAACUAUACUGAUAUCUCAUUUCUAGCUGGUUCCUGGCGGUAUGAUAAUAGUCGGGAUCCAAUUCUUUACUCUACAGCCUAAGAAAACCAGCAGGCGGCAUUUCCCAGCGCUACCACUGGUUUCCCCGCGAAAUAACGUCUGACAAACGAGCGCAGAAAUUUCAUGCUGACCAGAUGUGGAUGGUGCCUCUGAUUGGCUGAAGCAAGUUACUCUCGUGGCACAACCAAUCAGGGGCCUACCCAGGUCUGGGUAGUGAAAACGUCAUCAGUAUUUCUGCACUCGUUCCUCAGACGUGUUUUCGCGGGGAAACUAGCGGCACUGGCGUUGCAUAAUGUCAGCUAUCACUCACGCUUUUUCGAUGCCUUGACAAAUUUGCCCCAGUUGUUCAAACGUUGCAUAGCGCUAUCCAGCAGACAAAUCACCAUCCAGCGGAUAAGUAGUAGGGAAAUUAAUUGUGUUACUGACUGAAUAGUGAUUUAUCCAAUGGAUAGUGUUAUCCACCUUUUUACCAACUGAGCUCCUGUCCUUCUCAUCUCCGUGUCCACUAUCUCAACGUCUGUUACGAGCCAUCUCAUUUGGUAUCGUCAAACCAACAUUUCCCCAUGAAAGGUCCACAAUAUGUUAGUUUUAUUUCGCUGCAUUCUCUCUAAACUGUCUUAUUUUUACUUCUCAUAGUUUUCAAACAUGAAGGUCUGAGAUCAGCUUUGGAUCAAGUUAAACUAACAGCAAGUGAAGCAAGGAAAAACAAGUAUGUCAAGUUCAUUUACGGGUUUAUUCCAGUUUCAAAGCUUACUAUUAAGUUCUGUGACACAUUAUUGUUCAUUCGUGAUUUUAAAGUUUGAAGCAGAAAACAGACCUUUAUUGGUGUGUUACUGUGUAACUCAGUGGCGUUGUAGAAUGUUUUAUUUUAGGUGCACACAACAUAAAAGCUGCGUUUACACCUGACUUUGCCCCAAACCUUCCCUUGAAGAAACAGCUUAGGUUGGACUUUCUCUGGGUUUUGAUCACUUCAUGUUUUCGUUUACACGUCAAUAAAUUGGCCAAGGGGAAUAUGUCUAGGGAUAAAAAUGAACGGUCCCUAACCGUCUCUGCCACUACGCGUUGCGAAUGGGUUGUGUGUUCCUUGUAUAAUCUGUAAAAUUUGUUUGUUGUCAGGUUUAAGCUGUUGUUUUCGUUGUGCGAUGACAAGGACUCUAGAAAAAGGACAACACGCGCUUCCAUAAUGGCUGCCAACAGAGCUGCAUCCUCAUCUUCUGAGAGCGAAGAGGUUAGCUAAUAGCCUAAUAGCAUAUAUUGGGUAUCUUGAAUUUUGUAAGAUUUCAUUCAAGUAAGAAUCUCCCAAUGUAAGAGAAUCCGGAUUCCGGAAUCCGAGAAAUUUUUACUUGUGGAAUGUGGAAUCCUGGCCUUUGGAAUACGGAAUACUGUUCAAGGAAUCUGGAAUCCCACUAACAAUUGGAAUCCGCAAUCCAUGAUGUGGAAUCCAGAAUCCAAGACUGUCUUGUAUUCUCUUACUUGGGGUAAUAAGUACAAGUAUGGAAAGAAAAGUGAAUCAACAGGAUUAUACUGUCAGUGUCAGAAGGUGCAAAAGUGGCCUUAGUUACGAAGACUUUUUUGUUUGAGUGCGGACUGACGGGACGGCGCAAUUGAGAAUGCUGUGGAGCACUUUGUGUUUUUCUAAUAUUUACACUGUAUAAGAAAUGUUUGUAAAAGAAAGUCAGUACUGAAAUGUUAAAGUGUCGGACGAAACGUUUCGGGAAAAACUCGUUCAUCAGUCGUUGGAAAUGUUUGUUAAAACCGCUCGUAAAAUCAACCUUUGAAUUACGCCUCACGGUUUUAUCAACCAUUUCCUACCACUGAUGAAAGAGUUAAUUCCAAAGAGUUUCCUCUGUAACUUCAACACUUCAGAACAGUUUUUUCUCGAACACGUUAUAAAUUCAGAAAGAAAACGCAAAGGAAAUUAAUAUUUAAUGAGUGUUUGAAAUCAGAUGGAAAACUCCUCAUUUUUGCAUCCUAAUCAUAAUCCUUAAUUUCUUCCUCUAAAGUCAAGCAAACAUACCACACAGUAUUUGAUCACAAUAUCACCUACCUUGACGUUUGUCAAAAUACUCCACUGCGCGUCGUAUUUUCAAUGCGGAGUCGUAUUUUCAUGGCAUUUCUCAGUGUUUAAACGUGUGAUGGAACACACUCUUUACUCAUGUUUGAUAUAUUACGUCAAGGCAAUCCCGCCGCUCUCUCCUCUAAGUCAAGUGUUACUUCCGGCAUGGAGGAGUUGUUGCGUUUCCUUUGCAGUUUUGCUUUCCUUUUGUUUGUUUCUUGUACUUUAAUUCUUGGUUUAUGUGUAGUGUGUCGGUGAUAAAAUACAUAAAUACAAGAAUCUAGACUUUUCUGUAAAAUAAAAUCACCAGUGCGAGGCAAUCUCGAGGCACUUUCAUCAUGUAGGCGACAAAGAUACAACCCAUCCUCUCCAAGAUCAAGUGGUAAUUCAUCCUUUUAGCCGUCUGGUAACUGAUUAAGGUCGUCUUAGUUUAAGAGGAUUCAUUUCAAUUCUAUAUAUAUAUAUUUUUCUAUACAUAGGAAGAAGAACCAGCCGUCAAGCCUCGUAACGCUAAACGGAGAAGGAAAACUAACACGACUGUUGAUUCAGACAGUGAUGAGUGA